UGAAAAAGAAACUGUCCAAAAAUGGGCAAGGCCGACCGUUCCAUCUCUGUCAUCUUCUCAAAAGACAUAAAUAAUAAUAAGAAAAAAAGUUGGAAAGAUAAUGUGAUUUAUUGUUUUUCCGGAUGGAAAAAAAGGAAAAAAUUUGUGGGAUUGUCUCUGCAUUGUCACCACACCAAUAACUGCAGGGUUGCUCGCUCAUGGAAAAGCAUUAAAUGCACCCAAAAUCCCAUCAAACCCUCCAUUGCAAGAACUUGUUUCUCUCCAAACGCCUGUCUCUGUGCCCCAUGUCUUUAUGUGAUUGGAUUAAUACACAUUUACCCACAAUAAUACACACACCCACAAACUGAUAUGUAUGUGUAGAUAUUGAUUGGAUACAUUGAUAGAUUGUUUGUGCAAAGUAGGAAGGUGAAGCAAUCAAUGGGGCGGAGAAGGAGCUCGCCGGUGAAUGCGUUGUUUGGUUGGGUUAGAAAGCAGUCCAUGAAGGUAAAGGCCUUCUUGGCUGUUACUACUGCUAUUGUUUCUUUGGUGGCUUUGAAGCUUCUGGUGAAAGAUCACAACGACUUCUUUCUUGCCUCCGAGGCCGUGCACGCUGCUGGGAUCCUGGUUUUGAUAUACAAGCUUACUACCCAGAAGACUUGUUCUGGCCUUUCAUUGAAGACUCAGGAGCUCACUGCAAUAUUCCUCGCAGUUAGGGUGUAUUGUAGUAUUUUUAUAGAAGGUGAUAUCCACACACUGCUUGAUUUUGCCACAGUUGUGUCAACUCUUUGGGUUAUAUAUAUGAUAAGGUUUAGGUUAACAUCAACCUACAUCAAGGAACUGGACAAUAUGCCCCUAUAUUAUAUGUUGGUGCCUUGUGCCAUCCUUGCCUUAGUAGUUCAUCCAUAUGCACAUUAUAUUCGUAUCCACCGAAUGCUAUGGGCUUUUGCUGCAUACUUAGAGUCUAUUUCAGUUUUACCUCAGCUUCGUUUGAUGCAGAAUGCAAAGAUGAUAGAGCCAUUCACUGCUCAUUAUGUAUUUGCAUUGGGUAUUGCAAGAUUCUUGGGAUGUGCUCACUGGAUCAUACAGGUUUAUGAAACUGGUGGGCAGUACCUGCUCUUGAUGGGACAUGGUUACUUUUGGCUGCCAAUGGUUCUCCUCUCAGAAAUAGUCCAGACAUUCAUUUUGGCUGACUUUUGCUACUACUAUAUCAAGAGUGUCGUGGAUGGCCAACUUAUAAUGAGACUUCCUUCUUCUGUCUAGGAUUUUAGUCCAUUUUGAACUCAGGGGUUUGUAACAAAGUACUGCUUGCAGAUAUUGGUUUUUAAUUUAAGGACACGGGGUAUCCUGCGUCACAUAUGUCCUAAUUUUGUUAUCUUUUUUUUUUUUUUAAUUUCUGAUUUACAUAAUCUCAAGUUUAUUGUUCAGUUA